AUGAAACCUGGAAGCCCAACAACCACAAUCCCAAUUACAAUUAAUUACGGAGAAAGAACUCUACCUACAGAUUUUACGCCGCCUGCCCCCAAGUUUACUUUAAAAUUCCCAAAUAAAUCAAUUGAAACAGCUUACAGAGACGCAAUUAUUUUCGGUCAUUCUCAAUCCAAAGUACCGUACGAAAAUCCCUAUGUAUCAAAACAUAACUUUUUUAUGUGCUAUUAUGGGAUCGUAAUUUUAUACACAUUAUUUUAUAUCUUCAACUAUGUGACCGAUAACGUCACAAAAGAAAUUUUCGAAUUUCAGAUGUGUUUUAUGCUGGGAAUCACGUUUAUUAACUCAUUAGUCUUUAUCCUAGCAUUUUUAGGGAGGUUUCUGAGACGAUUACGGUCUGAUCUAUUACAGUUUACAUAUAUUUCAACAGCAAUAGCAUUGAUUGUUUGUGACACACACAUCCAAAACUGAAUUUUUGGAGGUGACCCUCAAAAUUGUUUUUCGUGUAUGUUCGGCCUAAUAAUGAUGCUGGCGAUUUCGAAAUUUAUCCUGCACACCAACUAUUUGGAAUAUGCUAUUUGGAGCCUUUUGAUCGAUAUCUUAUUUUUAGUGGUCCAUUUGCAGAUAGACAGGCCGAUUGAGCUUACUCUAUGUGAAGCUGGAUCGUAUCUGCUGAUGGUGAUAUUUGAAACGAAGACUUUUUAUAGAGAAGAAAUCCGAGCUAGGACCAAUUUCAACAUUGUCAGAGGCUGCACAACGAUCCCAGAAUCUGAUCCGAAAAAGCCAGAGGAUGAAAAGCCCAAAAGUGAGAUUGAAGAAGUCGCAAUAGGAGUAAGAGAGUCCAUAGAAGUGAUAGAAACAAUGCUUGAUAAAACCCCUUCAGAUUUGCGACCGAAGCUCUCAAAAGUGUUCGAUCACUUGAACAAGUUUAUGAAACUCCUCGGCUCCAAAAACAACAUUUACUCCACAGAUAUAGAAAUCCUCACUAAAGGAAUGGAUAAAGACGACCAGCUUUUUAUUCACUCCCCCACGUUUAAAUUGGAAUAAAUAAUCCUGUUCCAAUUUAAAAGGGGUUAAUUAUAUUUUUUUAAAAAAAAUGAUAUCUAUAAUUAUUUUAAAGAAUUAAUUAAAAAAUUAAUUGUAUCAGUGUUUAUAGUAUUCUACUCGCAGUUUUUCCGUUCAAUUAGAUUAAAACUCAUUUAUAAAAUUAUUAUUUUUAGUUAUAAAAAUUUUCCUGUUUAAAAAAAAUUUAUUCAAAUUUAAAGAGAGUUAAAUAACCAAAAAAUCGAGCUUCAGCUAUAUUUUAUUCUAAUUAAAGGAGGAGUCAGCAGACUUGAAGCAAUCACAACAUGCUCGAAGUGAGAAGGCCAAAUAAAUUCAGAACUCUAAAAACUUCAGAAGUCACCAUGAAAUAUGAUGUUGAUGAACUCAUUGGAAUCCUCAAGCAAGUCGGAAAACAAUGAAACUUUAACACCUUUUUCUUAAAAGAAUGCACUGAAGGAAGGCCGCUCGUAAUCAUUGGUAAAUAUUGCAUUCAAAAGUAUAGGCUUGAUGAGGCUUUUAAUUUAGACGACGAUCUGUACAUAUCGUUCCUUGAGGAAUUAGAAAUGCAUUAUAAAGCAAACCCCUAUCAUAACUCUGCACAUGCAGCAGAUGUAUUGGCAUCUUUUUUUUAUUUUGUUAGCAAGUCAAGACUUGCUGAAUACCUAACAGAGAUUGAAAUUCUCACAUCGGUCAUAGCCAAUUUAGGGCAUGAUGUAGCCCACCCUGGCUAUACAAACCGCUUUCUUAUCAAUAAAAAAGAUGAACUCGCAAUAAGAUAUAAUGAUAUCUCUGUAUUAGAAAGCAUGCACUCAGCAAUAGUUUUCCAACUCAUGCAAGAUAGCGACAAAAAUAUUCUAAAGCAUCUUGAUACGGAACACUGAUGCGUUGCAAGGAAACAGAUCAUUGACAUGAUCUUGGCAACUGAUAUGGGCAGACAUUUUGACUUAUUAGGUCAAUUUAGAGCAAAAACAGUGAAUAAUCCAUUAAAACCUUUAGAUACCCCUGAACAAAGAAUUGACGUCAUGAAGAUGAGCAUCAAAGCUGCAGAUAUAGGACACUCAGCAAAGAUUUUGGAUCUUCACGAGAGGUGGACUCUUCUUGUAUGUGAAGAAUUCUUCACUCAGGGAGAUUUAGAAAAGAAAAGCAAUUUGCCAGUAUCUAUGUACUGUGAUAGAGAAGCAACUGAUGUUACAAAAUCGCAAGCAGGAUUCAUCAAAAAUAUUGCUGUUCCGCUUUACAGAGCUUUAAAUGAUUAUUUAGAGUCAGAGGAUAUUGAAAAAUGCUGUAUAGGCCAAUUAAAAUCAAAUUUGGAGCAUUGGGAAAACAGCUAUAAAAGGUAUAGAUUGGUAAAAAACUUUGAGGAUGAAGGACCUAUAAAUGAAUAUGAUGAAUUAAUUAAAAGGUAUUCAAAACAAAAGCGAUGUGGAACUCAAGCUCCGAAAAGGAGGGAAAUUGAAGAAAACGCGUGAAGUGACUAG